GAUGCAGGCGCGAGUCAAAAACUGCGAAAAAGUGCAGCAGUCAGCGAGAGGCAAGAAAGAAAAGUGGCUUUUAGGAUUUUUGGACCGUUUUCCCUGGUUUUAAAGUGGAAGAAUCAAGCUAAAAGUUUAUUUUUUCGAGAGGUGACAAUGCACACCACCGCCUAGUUGCUGGCGUGGUGCAUAUUUGGGGGAAACGUUCGGGAAAAGUGAAAUUGCACAGAUUGGGAGGAGAGCAGCCAGUGAUUGUCAGAAUGACGAGUAUGGAGCACGAAGCGAUUAAAUUCGCUGGCCCGACGAAUUCGCAGGAUCUGGACCUGGAGGAGGGUGAGGUGACGGACGACAGCGAGGACGGAUAUAUCCCUCUGCAGCGACCGGAACUGACCAAGACGGAAUUCGCCGGAGGGGCCAGUGUCAGUCAGCCGCGGACAACCCCGCUGGACACCCUGUCGGAUCAAGAUGACCUAAACGAUGAAUCGGAGGCCAGUUCGGAUGAUAGCGAUGAAGACGGUGCUACCUUUGGGAAACGAAUGCGAGGAAACAACGACAAGAAGAUACGGAUAAAGCCCCCACUGGAGAAGAUUCCCCAACCGCAGACGAGUCAUUCGACGCUACCAAAUAAGUAUAACAUCUGGACGGAAAGCCUUCAGGAAGACACACUCAUGGAAACCAUGCGAGGAUGUGAUGUAACUCUGAACGGGAUGAGGAACCGAGAUGUGGAAUCGUACGAUUACAGCCUGAAGUACAGGCUGAAUGGAGGAAAUGCCUUCCAGAGGGUGUUGAAACGGCGGCAGUCUAAUUCGGACGAUUCCGAUGGUUACGGCGGGGGCAAACGGUUUCGAUCGAUGUCCUUCGGCGGAGGAAACGGAGGCAGAGAUAGGAAAAGCGUAAAGCUAAGACUCGGCAAGCGAAAUAGCAGCGAUAGCAACAGCAACGACAGCUUCCAGAAUGCGCCAAGAUUCGCUUCCAGGCACAUCCUAGAUCUGAACGUGUCCGCAGACUGUCCCAAUGAAACGUUUGCAGCCGAACUGGCCAAUAAACUGUGCGAGGAAAAGGACGAACUGAUGUUACGUGUAGUAAAUGUUCUUGGAAAGGAGAUCCCUGCAAAAUUGUUCAAAGAAACGCAGAAAAUCGAAGCCGAUGGCGGAAUGCUAAUCAUGAACGGUGCCCGUCGACGGACCCCGGGUGGAGUUUUCCUAUUCUUGCUCAAGCACAACGAAGAAAUUGACAAGGACGCCAAAAAGGCCAUCUUCCUCGAGGAGAAAAAGGCGGCAGUCAAGGAGCGCAAAAACUCGCAGGCCGUCAACCGGGAAAAGAAGGUCGAAGAACUGAAGAAGACCCUCAACCGACAGGUGGCGGAAAACGAACUGCCCACUCGAAGCGAUUUGCUGCUCUCCCAUCUCAAACCCGAAACUCAUAGCACACUAUCAAAUCCGCCUCCAUCUCCUGUGGGGGAUGACCAUCGCGAAGGAAGUCCCGAUUUCGAGCCACAAAAUGUUCACGUGAAUGUCACCAGUCCGGAGAAAGCUCUCGUCGACCCGAAAGAGCUUAUCGAAUCGGAACCGGAGAGCUCGGCUCCACGGCCACUGAACCCGGGGCCACCGCAGCUGCAGAGCUACGACGACGACUAUCUGGAAAUGACGUGCGAUGAUAUGGAUUUGUUCUAGCGCCCCACCACAACCGACUGGAUAAAGAAUACCGAUGCUGGAUCGUUGAAACUUUAGGACGGAAAAAGGGGAACCAUUUGGGAGUAUGAAAACUGAACUUCAAUCCGAAUAAGCACCGAAUCGUCUCUGUGUAUAGCGAAUUAUUAUUUGUUGGCGAGAAACAAUAACGAUGAUUGGAGGAUUUUAGAUGCGUGUUUGAAUAGCGAGAAAACUUUGAGUCAUGGGAGAGUGUGUGGUUCGGGCAUUGGGACGGAUGCCCUUACAUUAACUUAAGAAUUACUACAACGUUUACUACAGUGGACACAAUGUGUAGCUUGCAGGAAAUAUAUUUAAUUUUCUAAAACUUAAACCAA